AUGUUGAAAUAAAACUAAUUGAAUGAGCAUUUCGAUAUAAAUAUGAUAACGAACAUCACCGAAAAUAACUGUUAAUAUGGUAGAUCUGAAAAAACUACCGCAGAGGUUUGUAUUUAUAUAAACAUUAAACCUUAGCUAACACAUGAAUAAUAAACAUAACCGUUCAUAUUAAGCUAAUAAAUCAUAUAAAGGAGCCCUUUAUAAAAUGAUGAUGGUCUCAAUUAACUAAAUGUUGAUUUCCUUUCAGAUGACAUAUAUCAGCUAAGUUCUAUAGAAGAGCUCUCUUCAAACCUUAAUAAUUACAUCGAUUUAUAUUUAUAAGAAUUGAGAUAACCAUAGUAAAUUUUAGAGCAACUUUCUUUAUAACAAUCUGAAAGUUAUGAAGAAGAGUCUUCAGAAAGUCUUGGCUAAAGAAUUUAUUCUAAAUUUAUAUCUUAGUUAAACUUAUCAGUCAUUUAAUCAUAGGACUAAAUUUCAAGUAUAGAUGAGCAAUACAAAGAUGAAUCGUCAUUCACCCUCUCAACCACUAUAUUGGAACAGGAAGUUAAAAUUCUUCCUGAUAUAAAUAGCAGUGGAUUAAUCACAUUAUUUUUGAAUAAAAUUCAUUCUUCCUUUUACUUUUUAUAAACUUUAUAUUUCUUUGAUUAAAUAAUUAUCAUUUUUUUUCUUUUGAGAAACAAAUUAAGCAAUAAAUUUUUAAUCCUUCAAAAAGAAAGAAAUUAGAGAAAAAAGAUCAAUGAAAUACCGAUUUGGGCGAAGAACAAAAAAAAAAUUUAGAGGAUCGAUUUCUAAUACAUAACUAUUUAAAAGAAGCGAAAGAGCAGCUUACUAUAUAUGAUAUUUUCUUUAUAUGAUGAAAUGAAAACCUAUUCAAAAAAAAAAUAAAUCAAGAAUAGUCUACCGUAUUCAAGCCUUGUCAUUUCCCUUAAAAGGAGGAUCGGUAGUUCGAUGUCAGAAAAUUUUAAUGAAUACAACUCCUUAAGAAAUGACCUUAAAUUACGAUUUAAGCUAACAAAGCCUAUUAUGAUAGCUAAAGAAGUACCAGUCCUCAUAAAAGGAAAAAUUGCUAAAUAGAACAGAAUUGAACUGAUAAAGGAAUUUAGUAAGAUAUAUAAAAGAGUAGAGUUAAAGGCAACAAAGAAAUAAUUCGAUGAAUCAGAAUAUUCUUUAAAAUAUAGAGAUGCAAAAAAAUUGAAAAAACAAAUUACCUAUAUUGCAGUCAGAAAGAACAGAAUCAGUUAAGUCAAUACUAAAUGAUUUAAAUUACUGUAGAUUGUCACUUGAUUAGGAAAUAAGUUAUAUCCAUAUUGCAGAUUCAAAAAUAAAAGUUUAAUAAAGAAUAGAAGGAGGCUUCACUAAACCUCUAAAAGAAAGGUUUUUUGAUUAUUUUUAUAAAUGAAUCUCUCUUUAUUUAAUAUUACUAAAC